CGUUAGUGCGCAUGCGGGGGUGAAAGGUUGACGGUCGUGCGGCGGCUAAGCUAACAGCAUCGUAACUAGCUACAUGUGGAGGGUGAAAGGGAAGCCAUCCAGUCACAUUUCCCCGCUUUUAGCGGCUACAACUUCCUAGUUUAGCCUUGUGGAGGAUCAAAGGUUGUCUGUGCGCACAAUGAAAGGUAGCCGCAUCGAGCUGGGGGACGUGACGCCCCACAACAUCAAGCAGUUGAAGCGUCUGAACCAGGUCAUCUUCCCUGUCAGCUACAACGACAAGUUCUACAAGGAUGUGCUGGAGGUGGGCGAGCUGGCCAAGCUAGCGUACUUCAACGACAUUGCGGUGGGGGCCGUGUGCUGCAGAGUGGACCACUCUCAGAACCAGAAGAGGUUGUACAUCAUGACGCUGGGCUGCCUAGCGCCCUACCGGAGGCUCGGCAUUGGUACAAAGAUGCUGAAUCAUGUGCUCAACAUCUGCGAGAAGGAUGGCACUUUUGACAACAUUUACCUUCACGUGCAGAUCAGCAACGAGUCGGCCAUGGACUUUUACCAGAAGUUUGGCUUUGAGAUCAUGGAGACCAAGAAGAACUACUACAAGAGGAUAGAACCGGCAGACGCCCACGUCCUGCAGAAGAGUCUGAAGAGUGCGGCCAGCCAAGAGCUCCAGAAGACGGAGUGAACUGUGACAAACACAAAGAAGGCUAAAAGCAGAACUCAUUCGGGGGGGAAUCUAAAUUUGUUUUGGGGAUUGGUUGUUUUUGUGCAUAUUUGAUUGCUUCCCAGCCAAUUGACAAAGAGCCCGCCAGGUUGUGUCAGUUCAACAUGUUUUCUUUUAAAGGUCUAUUUUACAUUGCACAGCUUGAUGUUUCAGAGGUUCUCCUGGGUUUGCAACAUCUAAGUCUUGGCUUGUGUUGAAGGGCCUUCAGCACUCCACCUUUGCUGCCUUGCCCGAGGGUUUCUGCCGGCUCAUGUCCACCUUCUUGGCCCCAGAGGAAGCUCUGACUCCACAUGCAUGUAGUAUCAGCAUGCUUGAAGAAUUUUAUCUUUACUGGAGCUCUAUAUUGUAAGACUUUUUAACCUGGAAAUAAAGGAAGUACUAUUUGCAGUAAA